UUCUUGUACAGCUUUUUCAGCCUUGCGUUCCCCUCUUUGGAUGUAAAGAUGUCUCUACCUCCUGGUACAGGGAGGGUAUUUGCACAUGGAGAUUUAUUUUCAGCUUUCAGGGGGAACAGAAGAAGGGCAGAGAUGCUUUUUGCAACAGCUGUUUCUGAAGUCUCCUUAAUUCAGAGCAAUCACUGUGCUACAGUGGAGUGUUUGGGACUCACCACCAUGGAUGCGCUGUCAGAAGCAAACGGCACCUUUGCCUUGACCCUUCUGAAAAAGCUGGGUGAAGACAACUCGAAAAAUGUGUUUCUCUCGCCGCUAAGCAUCUCCUCUGCUCUGGCCAUGGUCCUCGUGGGGGCCAGGGGCAAUACCGCAGCCCAGAUGUCCCAGACCCUUUCACGAAGCAUGAGCAGCGGCGGAGGUGAAGAUGUCCACCAGGGUUUUCAGAAACUUCUCAGCGAAGUUAACAGGCCCGGCACACAGUACUUGCUCAGAACCGCCAACAGGCUUUUUGGAGAGAAAACUUACGAUUUCCUCUCGGUAAGUCAUACUCCCGUUUUCCAAAAGCAGAUAGAGACCGAGGUCGGGUGGAGGCGGGAGCUGGGUCUUGUG